AUGAAUAUCUUCCGACGGAGUAAAUUAUUGGACAGUGCCCUUGCCUCAUAUGCCGCACCAGUCAAAAUAACACGAAAACUCUUCAUGCGUACCUCUUCAACUCUCGAUACACAACCUCAAAUGACAGCAAAUAACCAAGGAAAUCAAAAUCAUGACCUGCUUUUCCAAUAUACUUCAGGGAGAUGGCUUUGGGGCGAAGAAGAACAGUUGGCAGCUCGCUAUGUGAAGUUCGAUGUUGCAGCUCUUUGCCAGGUGGCAGCAGACUCUGUCGGCUCUUGUUCAUGCACAGAUAUCGCAAAAUUGACAGAAGGAAACUUCAACAAAGUCCUGCUACUUACGAUGGAUGAUGGAAAAGAAGUAAUUGCAAAGAUACCAAACCCCAAUGCUGGGCGUUCGCACUUCGUGACCUCCAGCGAGGUGGCAACGAUGGACUUUGUGAAUGCUAGCAAAAGCAAAGUCGGUGCGGAAUACAUUAUCAUGGAGAAAGCUCCUGGAGCUCAGCUCUCUAAGUUCUGGGAUAAUAUGAACGUUAUCCAAAAGUCGAAAAUUGUGGAAAAUAUUGUACUGUUUGAAAAGUCUCUUGCGUUGAACCCGUUUUCUGCAUACGGCAGCUUGUACUAUUCCGAUUGCGAUACUACAGAAGGCUUUACAGAAAGUGGAUUCACUGUUGGCCCUACCAAUAACCGAAAAUACUUUGAUGACGGAAGACACUCAUUAGCACUAGAUCGCGGGCCAUGGUUCUCGGUAGAGGAUUACAUUGCUGCCAAUGCAAAGAGGGAGCGUGUAUCAAUCACUUCUCUAGGCGCCUCCCCAAGGCUCCAGGGAAUUUUCAAUGGCCCUGGUCUCUAUCAACCAUCACAAAGUGCAAAGCUCCGUGCAUUGGAUCUAUAUUUGUCUAUAUCAAAAUACACUCUCCCCAAAAACAAAGAGACCCAUGAAGGUGUCCCAUGGCACCCUGACCUCCACACAGACAAUAUCUUCGUUGACCCGCAAGAUCCAACCAAGAUAACAUGCUUGAUUGACUGGCAGGCAGUUCAUAUUGCGCCCCUCUUCCUACAGGCUCGUCGGCCUGCAUUUCUAGAUUUCGAUGGCCCUAUCCCAGAAAGGCUUAAGUUCCCUUCCUUGCCAGAAAACUUCGACGAUUUGCAACCUGAGGAGAAACUGAAUGCGAAGAAGCUCAGGGAUGAGCAAGCACUAUACGUCCUCUAUGAAAUUGAGUUGCUGCGGCAAUGCCGAGCCGCAGGGUCAGCAUUACAUGGUCGUGAUACGUUGGUGAGUCGGCUGACAGGUCUUGCUGGAUCACUUUUUACCGAUGGAGAGCCUGUUGUACUUGGCUACCUAAUGCAAGCCGUUGACAGAUGGGGCGAAAUAGUGGGACGGGAUGCCAUUGGAGAUCCAGUUAUCCCCUGUCCUAUUACUUUCACAGAUGCGGAGAGGACUAAGCAACAGAUAGAUCAAGAGAAAUGGAAAAAAGGUGUCGAAUUGAUGGAUGAUGUCGCUCAAUCUUUGGGCGCAUAUAGUGGCUGGGAUGGGUUUGUGAGCCAUGACGACUACGAGGCUAGGAAGCAGCAAGUUAUUGCCUCGCGAGACGCUUUCUUGCAGCGUAUGGCUGGAUCAGACGAAGAAAGAAGAGCGAAGUGGUGCAAAGCAUGGCCGUUUCCUGUAUCCUGA